ACCACCUAAAAAUUGCCCACGCAUGGUCUUAUCUUGAUACACGCUAACAAUUCUUCAUUUUAAGAUGCACAGCAAUUUGGAACGCCUUGCCUGACUCCGUUGUAUCUAUCACAACUUUGGUAUCAUUUAAAUCAGCUUUGUCUCGUCACCUUGAAGAUCUACUGUAUAAUCAUUACUAAUCCAGCAAAUUGCAUCCAUAUCACUGUCCUCACCCCUUCACCGUGUCUCACUAGUUAUUCUGAUGUCAAUCUCUUCUGGCUAUGAUGCACUUUCCAGUCAUUACGUCAUAGUCCGUUAUUUUUGUACAUUCCUAACAACUUGGACUAGCGCAUCAGCAGUGUGUGGCGUCCGUGGACCCCCUCCUGGGAUGGUUGGGGUUUGGGAAGUCCACCAGGCAAGAAUGUAGGGAGUGUCACGUGUAGGUCUGUGAGUGCCUGCUGCUGUCCUCGUGUUCUCUGUACCUCGUGCGCAGAAGACGUCUCAUUUUGUUUCAUGAUUCCAGCGUGCUGUUUAUAUUGCGUUGCAGCACGUGUGUGUGUGUGUGUGUGUGUGUGUGUGUUAAUACCAUACACACACACACGGUGCCUGUCUCGUUACUUAGCCAUUGUGGUCACUGCCAGCCCGUCUCCCUGAUGUGCACCAGUGUGGGUGAGUGACCCUGCUGCUGCUGUUGCUGCUGCUGCUGCUGUUGCUGCCGCUGCUGCCACAAUGCGACCACCAGCUUACACACCCAACAUGAGCUGUGGCCCGUGUGUGUACUGCGGGGCGUCCUCCGAGGGGCAGCCGCAGGAGCUGGUGUCGUGUGGCCUGUGUCGGCGCCCCCUGCACCUGGCCUGCCUGAAGGGGGGACCGCCACAGACCAACCUGUUGGGGGACAACUUCUUCCUGGUGACGUGUGCCGUCUGCAGCCCUGAUGGGGUGGAGACUGUGCAGAGGGCGAACAUGACAGACCUCCAAAUGCUGAUGCUAACCCUGUACAACAUCCACAUGACUGAGAAAUACACACCCAAGCUUGGUUUCUAUCACUGGAAGAUCCACAUCGCACACGCACUCCUUAACAAUUACUGGAAGGAGAUUGAGGUGUCCAGCAAGCGUAACAAGGGGAAGAAGAAGAAGAUAUUGAUAGCAACAAGCACCAGAAUGUCGCACCACCCCCGGUACUUCCAGAGUGGCAUAGGGGUGCUGGGGGAAGCAGGGUGGUACCGGCUGGUGAAUGUAGCGCCCCCUGCCCAGCUCCUUGCUGCCGCCCAAAGGGGAGACCUGGGGAACAAGGGGGGCAGUGGGCAGAGGGGAGCACUGCCUGAUGGCCUGCCUGUGGAGAACCCUGAGGAAGCACCACCCCCAUCACCACCACCAUCAUCACCACCACCACCACCAGCACCACUACCAAUGAAAUGUGAACCACAGGAGGGAGGGGAGGAGUGGAGUGCGCCCCCUGAGGCAGCCUGGUUCACUGAGAAGGGCCUUCUCAUGCAGCAGUGCCGGCCCCCUGAGGCACUGCUGGAAUGGGAGGACCAGGGCAGGGAGGCUGGAGUGACGCAUGACAGGACAGAGGAGGACAUAAAGGAGGAAGUGACAGUGAAAGAGGAAGCAAUUGAGGAGGAAAUCUUUGAGGCAAUGGAGAGUGAAGAAAACGUGAUUGUAGAUGAAAUAAAAGAAGAGGAAGAGGAACUUGAUAAUGCUGAGUAUGAAGAGGAAGACUUAAGAGGAGGAGGAGGAGUCGAGAUGAGGAAUGGAAGGGAAAUGCGUCCUUCUCUCUUUCCUCCGCCUUCCUCCACUCCCCCACUUAUGCUCCACUGGGAUUCAAAAGUCACCAACUACACUGGGAAAAACCUCCGCCGUCUGAGCCGCUACGAGGAGAAGGGUCUGCUGCGGCACCUGGAGAGGCUCAGCGCACCUCAUCCCCUCCCCCCUCACCUGCACAGACUCCGGAGAAAGUUGAUCGUCAGGAACCAGAAGGUGGAGCAUGGGUUGCCGGUGUUCAAUGUGGACCAGGAGGUGGAGUACUGGCGGAUAUACAGGCAGAUCCGGAGCAGGAGAGAGCGGAUGGAGCAAGAUGGAAAGGUGAACACUCCACUGACCAUCUCAAACACCAGAAUUCUCGACAGAUUUCAGAUGGCAGGACAGCAGCAGGGGAUGGCAGAGGAACAUAACAUAAGCUUUGCAGCGCGUCUCGGCAGCUCCUUUGGCAGUGACGGCCCCCCUGCCCUCAUCCACAGCCCUUACACCCUCAGGUACCUCAAACCAUUCAUCCGACGCGACCACGACUGCCUGCCACUCAAACUGCAACUAUUGCGAGAGGUUGUGUCCCGCCACCACCAGCAGGAGGCAGGUUGGGUGGCUCCCCCCCCGGCACCCAUCGACUACUGCUACGUGACAGCCAGACACAUUCCACCCAUGAACCAGCUGGCUAGACACUUUUUCUGGCCUGGCAUUGACUUGUCGGAAGUGCUGCAGUACCCGGACCACACCUGCGUAGUGCUGUACCGGCGGCUGGUGGUGGGGUUUGGCGUGGUGGUGCCAGACACGGGCUACAAUGAGGCAUACCUGUCCUACCUGCUGGUGCACCCGGAGUGGAGGAGGGUCGGCAUUGCAUCUUUCGUUCUCUACCAUCUCAUUCAGACCUGCCCCGGGAAGGAUGUGACCCUACACGUGUCGGCGACCAAUCCAGCACUCAUCCUGUACCAGCAGUUUGGGUUCAAGGUAGAGGAGUUUCUAUCAAAUUUCUAUGACAAGUACCUUCCCCAUGACAGUCCAGAGUGUAAGCAUGCCAUGUAUAUGAGGCUCAGGAGGUGAAUGUGUGUGUGUGUGUGUGUGUGUGUGUGUGUGUGGGAGUGCCUUAUCAUUUCUUCCCUUUCUCUUUCCUCUUCUUCUUUUCGUUGUUUUAUUCUUUUCUUAUUCACUAUUCCUUCCCUUUCUUCUUCCUCUUCUUUCCUUCUUUUCUGUCUUCUUUUUCUUAUUAUUUCCUAUUAUUAUUCCUUCCUUUUCUUCUUCCUCUUUUCUUUAUCUUAUUUUCUUCAUUACUCUUUAGACAAAAUGAUGAAUGACAGUUAACACUUGAGAGAGAGAGAGAGAGAGAGAGAGAGAGAGAGAGAGAGAGAGAGAGAGAGAGAGAGAGAGAGAGAGAGAGAGAGAGAGAGAGAGAGAGAGAGAGAGAGAGAGAGAGAGAGAAUGAUUGGCUUGGCAGAACAUAUUGUAACUCUUUAAAUAAAACAGUUCGAAAUA